CCAAAUGUCCAGUGUAUGAGCCCUUCAGCACCCAGGAGUACAGGUGGCUGUACUUUUGAUGAUGGUCCAGGAGCCUGUGAUUACCACCAGGAUCUGUAUGAUGAUUUUGAAUGGGUACAUGUUAGUGCUCAAGAGCCCCAUUAUCUGCCACCUGAAAUGCCUCAAGGUUCCUAUAUGAUAGUGGACUCUUCAGAUCAUGACCCUGGAGAAAAAGCCAGGCUGCAGCUGCCCACCAUGAAGGAGAAUGACACUCACUGCAUUGACUUCAGCUACCUGUUGUACAGCCAGAAGGGGCUGAAUCCUGGCACUCUGAACAUAUUAGUGAGAGUGAAUAAAGGACCUCUUGCUAAUCCAAUUUGGAAUGUGACUGGAUUCACUGGAAGAGAGUGGCUUCGGGCUGAGCUAGCAGUGAGCACCUUUUGGCCAAAUGAGUAUCAGGUAAUAUUUGAAGCCGAAGUCUCAGGAGGGAGAAGCGGCUAUAUUGCCAUUGAUGACAUCCAAGUACUGAGUUAUCCUUGUGAUAAAUCUCCUCAUUUCCUCCGUCUGGGGGAUGUAGAGGUCAACGCAGGGCAGAAUGCUACAUUUCAGUGUAUUGCUACUGGGAGAGAUGCUGUGCAUAACAAGUUAUGGCUGCAGAGACGAAAUGGAGAAGAUAUACCUGUAGCCCAGACUAAGAACAUCAAUCACAGAAGAUUUGCUGCUUCCUUUAGAUUGCAAGAAGUGACAAAAACUGAUCAGGAUUUGUAUCGCUGUGUGACUCAGUCAGAACGAGGUUCUGGUGUGUCCAAUUUUGCUCAACUUAUUGUGAGAGAACCACCAAGACCCAUUGCUCCUCCCCAGCUACUUGGUGUUGGGCCUACAUAUUUGUUGAUUCAACUGAAUGCCAAUUCAAUCAUUGGAGAUGGUCCCAUUAUCCUGAAAGAAGUAGAAUAUCGAAUGACAUCAGGAUCCUGGACAGAAACCCAUGCAGUCAAUGCUCCAACUUAUAAAUUGUGGCAUUUAGAUCCAGAUACUGAAUAUGAGAUUCGAGUACUACUCACAAGACCUGGGGAAGGUGGAACAGGACUUCCAGGACCUCCGUUAAUCACCAGAACCAAAUGUGCAGAGCCUAUGCGCACCCCAAAGACUCUGAAGAUUGCCGAGAUACAAGCAAGACGCAUUGCCGUGGACUGGGAAUCCUUGGGUUACAACAUUACUCGCUGCCACACUUUUAAUGUCACUAUCUGCUACCAUUAUUUUCGUGGUCACAAUGAGAGUAAGGCAGACUGUUUGGACAUGGACCCCAAAGCCCCUCAGCAUGUUGUGAACCAUCUGCCACCUUAUACCAACGUCAGCCUCAAGAUGAUCCUUACCAAUCCAGAAGGAAGAAAGGAGAGUGAAGAGACAAUUAUUCAAACUGAUGAAGAUGUUCCUGGGCCUGUCCCCGUCAAAUCUCUUCAAGGAACAUCCUUUGAAAACAAGAUCUUCUUGAACUGGAAAGAACCUUUGGAUCCUAAUGGAAUCAUCACUCAAUAUGAGGUCAGUUAUAGCAGCAUACGAUCAUUUGAUCCUGCAGUUCCAGUGGCUGGACCUCCCCAGACAGUGUCCAAUUUAUGGAAUAGCACACACCAUGUCUUUAUGCAUCUCCACCCUGGAACUACCUAUCAGUUUUUCAUAAGAGCCAGCACAGUCAAAGGCUUUGGGCCAGCCACUUCCAUCAACGUGACCACCAAUAUCUCAGCUCCAACUUUGCCAGACUAUGAAGGAGUUGAUGCCUCUCUCAAUGAAACUGCAACCACAAUAACUGUAUUGUUGAGACCAGCUCAAGCCAAAGGUGCACCUAUCAGUGCUUACCAAAUUGUUGUGGAAGAGCUGCACCCACAUCGAACGAAAAGAGAAGCCGGGGCCAUGGAGUGCUACCAGGUUCCUGUCACCUACCAAAACGCCAUGAGCGGGGGGGCACCCUAUUACUUUGCUGCAGAAUUACCCCCUGGGAAUCUACCUGAACCUGCUCCAUUCACUGUGGGUGACAAUCGGACCUACCAAGGCUUCUGGAACCCUCCCUUGGCUCCACGCAAAGGAUACAACAUCUAUUUCCAGGCAAUGAGCAGUGUGGAGAAGGAAACUAAAACCCAGUGUGUACGAAUUGCUACAAAAGCAGCAGCAACAGAAGAACCAGAAGUGAUCCCAGAUCCUGCCAAGCAGACAGACAGAGUGGUGAAAAUCGCAGGAAUUAGUGCUGGAAUAUUGGUGUUCAUCCUCCUCCUCCUAGUUGUCAUAUUAAUUGUAAAAAAGAGGAGGAGCUACUAUUCUUACUCCUACUACCUCAAGCUGGCUAAAAAGCGCAAAGAUGCAAUGGGCAACACUCGGCAAGAGAUGACUCACAUGGUGAAUGCUAUGGACCGAAGCUAUGCUGACCAGAGCACUCUGCAUGCAGAAGAUCCUCUUUCCAUCACCUUCAUGGACCAACAUAAUUUUAGUCCAAGAUUGCCCAAUGAUCCACUUGUGCCGACUGCUGUGUUAGUCCCUAUAACUGAUGAGAACCACAGCGCUGCUACAGCAGAAUCCAGUCGCCUUCUAGAUGUACCUCGCUACCUCUGUGAGGGGACAGAAUCCCCUUAUCAGACAGGACAGCUGCACCCAGCCAUCAGGGUAGCCGACCUUCUGCAACACAUUAACCUCAUGAAGACGUCAGACAGCUAUGGGUUCAAAGAGGAAUAUGAGAGCUUCUUUGAAGGUCAAUCAGCAUCUUGGGAUGUAGCUAAAAAAGAUCAAAACAGAGCAAAAAACCGAUAUGGAAACAUUAUAGCAUAUGAUCACUCCAGAGUAAUUUUACAACCUGUUGAAGAUGAUCCUUCUUCAGAUUACAUUAAUGCCAACUAUAUAGAUAUUUGGCUGUACAGGGAUGGCUACCAGAGACCAAGCCACUACAUUGCAACUCAAGGUUAUCACUGUCAGUCAGUUCUAGUACCCAUAAUUAUGUUUAAUGGCUUCAUUUUGGUCCUUUUGAAAACACUUCUUUCCAUCUUUGUACAGAGGGGAUACAAUGAAAUUCGUGAAGUUAAACAGUUCCAUUUCACGGGCUGGCCUGACCAUGGAGUGCCAUACCAUGCUACCGGGCUUCUUUCUUUUAUCCGGAGAGUCAAGUUAUCCAACCCUCCUAGUGCAGGCCCCAUUGUUGUUCACUGCAGUGCUGGGGCUGGACGAACUGGCUGUUACAUUGUGAUUGACAUCAUGCUGGACAUGGCUGAAAGAGAGGGUGUUGUUGAUAUCUAUAACUGUGUCAAAGCCUUAAGAUCUCGUCGUAUCAAUAUGGUCCAGACAGAGGAACAGUACAUUUUUAUUCAUGAUGCCAUUUUAGAAGCCUGCUUAUGUGGAGAAACUGCUAUCCCUGUCUGUGAAUUUAAAGCUGCGUAUUUUGAUAUGAUUAGAAUAGACUCUCAGACUAACUCUUCACAUCUCAAAGAUGAAUUUCAGACUCUGAAUUCAGUCACCCCUCGACUACAAGCUGAAGACUGCAGUAUAGCAUGCCUGCCAAGGAACCAUGACAAGAACCGUUUCAUGGACAUGCUGCCACCUGACAGAUGUCUGCCUUUUUUAAUUACAAUUGAUGGGGAGAGCAGUAACUACAUCAAUGCUGCUCUUAUGGAUAGCUACAGGCAACCAGCUGCUUUCAUUGUCACACAAUACCCACUGCCAAACACUGUGAAAGACUUCUGGAGAUUAGUGUAUGAUUAUGGCUGUACUUCCAUUGUGAUGCUAAAUGAAGUCGACUUGUCCCAGGGCUGCCCCCAGUACUGGCCAGAAGAGGGGAUGCUACGAUACGGCCCUAUUCAAGUGGAAUGUAUGUCUUGUUCAAUGGAUUGUGAUGUGAUCAACCGGAUAUUUAGGAUAUGUAAUUUAACAAGACCACAGGAAGGUUAUCUGAUGGUACAGCAGUUCCAAUAUCUAGGUUGGGCUUCUCAUCGAGAAGUGCCUGGCUCCAAACGAUCAUUUUUGAAGCUGAUUCUGCAGGUGGAAAAAUGGCAGGAAGAAUGUGAGGAGGGGGAAGGCCGGACGAUCAUCCACUGCUUAAAUGGUGGUGGUCGAAGUGGUAUGUUCUGUGCCAUAGGCAUCGUUGUUGAAAUGGUGAAACGGCAAAAUGUUGUUGAUGUUUUCCAUGCAGUAAAGACACUGAGGAACAGCAAGCCAAACAUGGUGGAAGCCCCAGAACAGUACCGUUUCUGCUAUGAUGUAGCUUUGGAGUACCUGGAAACAUCUUAGUUGGGUGAGACUUUUUACAGUGCAUCCAACUGGAAACCGAUUCACCUGUUGAGCCAGCAACUGUUGUACCUGUUACACCUGUGCAGAAAGAUUUUAAUGUGGGGGGUGGGAGGAUUUUACAUUUGAGAGGUAAAAGUAUUUUUCUUAUGAAGUUGUGUAUCUUAAUAAAAAGGACUUGAUUAGUUUCUAUUACUGUAUUAAAGUGUCCACAUUUAGUGUCACAUAAAUUAUAUUUAAUAAGAACCAGAUUCAAAUGAGAACUUAUCAGUGUUUGUACAGUGAAUAUGCAGCCUUUUCUCCUCAUUUCAGUCAAACAACCACCACAUGUUGCAUGAAUUCGUACUUUCUAUGUGGCAUUUCUCUCCCUUUUUAAAAGAAAAGCUGUUGAAUCUUUAAAGAAAGAAGAAAAAAAAAGCUGUGCAAAUUCAUAGUAACUUUCAUUUUUUAUAUGUUCCAAGUGUAGCAGAUCUCUAUAUAAAUAUAUAAAUAUAUAUAACUGGCUUAUUUUCUUUUAAUGUGCAAUGAUGGCUGGAUCAUUUAAAGUUCUUUUUAGAAAAUAACAUAAGCCAAAGACUCAAGUGUAAAUAUGUCUAUAUGGAGAAAGCACAUUAUAUUUAUUGGUUACUUACAUUCCUUUUUUGAUGGCUAAAAUACUACCACCACACAAUCAUUUUUGUUUCCGAAGAAAGCUUUUUCUUUAGCUAAAAUCAACUGCAAACGAUUUUUGUAGAUUAUUUUUUGUAUGUUUUAGUGUAAGUAGAGGAUAAACUUUUUAUUCAUAAACCAGGAAGCAAUGUUCUUUAUAGUGAUUCUCUUGUGUACAUGCUUGUGAAUUAAAUUUAUGUGAAACAUCUUGGCAAUUGUCUAUUAAUAGAGGACCAAAUUAAAACGUUUUGCUGAAAAUGUAUAGUUUUUCACAAUUUCAUUAGGUGAACAAUGGUUUGGUGAUCAUAUACGAGAAAUACACACAUUAAAAGGCCUUGCUGGUGACUUGCACAAUGUUGAACAUAGCCUGUAAGCAUUGUUUAAAUUUUUAAGGAAUCAAUCUUUUCAGCCUGUGGCCAAGCACUGGUAGAGAACAUAAGAUGGCAACAUUUAUGCUUUCAGGGUCAAGUUUUAGCAAACUGUAAACUGUCAAGGUGAUGAAAUGUUUCUUUUGAUGUUUAACUGCACAUGCUUUGGGUUCUGACCGUAGAAAAUGUAAACGAAUCAAUGCCAGAUUCCUGUUUUGAGCGUUAACACAGGAUACUCAAGUAAACCUAAAUGUGGUCUUGUUCACAUGCUCCUUGUAGCUGUAACUUCACAUCAUCGGCUUGCAGUUUGUUACUGACUACAGCAUUCCAGUGUCCUCUUUCUAGAUUGCCAGUUCAUGACAUGGUGCUUAUAGAGAUUUAAUUAAAGUAAGAGUGAAAUAAAGUUUUUGUAAUUAUAACAGUUA